AUGGGUGGAAAGAAGAAGCGCGGCCAUCCCGAUGUUGAUGAGCUGCUCGCCCGACCGUGGUGUUAUUACUGUGAGCGAGAUUUCGAUGACCUUAAGAUCCUUAUCUCUCACCAGAAAGCUAAGCAUUUCAAAUGCGAAAGAUGUGGGCGCAGGCUGAAUACUGCAGGAGGGCUCUCCGUCCACAUGAACCAGGUACAUAAGGAAACCUUAACAAGUGUCGAUAAUUCUUUACCCAACAGACAAGGCCUUGAAGUUGAAAUAUUUGGUAUGGAAGGCAUCCCGGAAGAUGUUGCUCAAGCACAUAAUCAGCGCAUCAUCGCAGGUUUUUACCAAGCGGAAGCAGAACGCCGAGUUGCGACUGGCAAUCCCAGCCCAGGUGCGAACGCUGGCGGACAACCGAAAAAGCCAAAAUUCGAAUCUCCCGCCGAGUUGAAGAAGCGACUAGCAGAGCAUAAAGCUCGAAAGGAGGCUGAGAGAGUGGCUGGCGCGAGCAGUGGAGGUAAUACACCGUUAGAUGGUGCUCAAAAUAGCCCUCGUGGUCAGAGCCCAAGCUCGUUCAAUGCUUCUCCAUAUACGGCUCCACAAGCCACUUAUGGCGGUACACAAGGUGCGGGUUAUGCAUCAUUUUCACAAGAGCCGUAUUCGCAACCAGCUGCAGCUUACCAACAGCCCUAUGCUUCCCAACCGCCCUUCUCUGGCCCGCCUGCGUCCCAAUUUCAACCACAAUAUUCCUCAUCCCAGCAGUAUCCCGCCCAGCCAUCCUUUCCCCCCGGAGGAUUUCAGCCGCCUGGGCAAAGCUAUCCAGGCGGUCCGCAGCAUCAGUCGUUUGGAGCUGGUUCGCCACCCGGAUCGUUUAAUUCUUAUCAAAGCCCUCCGUCCCAUACACCUCCCGCGCCUGGUGGUCUCCCCAACCGCCCGCCAAGUCUUCCUCCAGCCCCAGGUCUUCCACAAAGGCCAUCAUUUGGGGCGCCUGCCGUUGCCCCUUUCCAAAUGCAACAAAUGCACCAAGGCAACCCCGCUUCAUUUCAAGGCUCUCAGGGUAGCUGGGCGGGUAACGGAUGGAAUGGUCAAGAUCAGAAACCAGCUAUGUCAUCAGCCUAUCCCGCCUCUCAAGGCUACGGAGAUUAUUCGGCUAACGCUUCUUCGGUGGAUGAUCUGGUUUCAGGGGCUGCCAGAGCGGCCGAUGACAUUGACGAGAUAAUCAGAAUGGCUGAGGCCGGUAUUAAACCUCCAAAGAAAGGUGAAGCCCUGCCGGCUCGAGUUCAGGCUCCAAUACCGGAAGCUGCUCCGACUCCAGUUCCCGAAACUACUGAGAAGACAGAAACCAACGAGAAAAAGUCAAAGAAGGAUAAGCCCACGAAGAUGAUCUAUUCCGACAAUGAAAUUAGUCCCGAGGAGAAGAUGGCCAUGAUGCCAAGGUACGCAUUCGUGCCGGCUGCCAAGGCCCAGUCAGUUCUUGUCGACGCGGCCACUUCUCCAGGCGUUGCUGGUGUUGUCCAAGGAUUGGAAUAG